ACCAAUUCCAAUUGUCAUUUUACUUUGCCACGUUAUCAGCACGCUCAGAGCAAAUAGCCGAGACAAACAACCCUAGUUUUCAAGUUUGUCUCUUUCUCCCGUCGGAAAAAAAAAAACACCUUUUUCUUCUUUUGUGCCGCCACCCUAUAUAAAAAAAAAUAAAAAUGUCAACCCCAUAGCAGUACACCACCGGCCUCCCUUGCUAGCACAGCAGGCCACCACAUCGGCCUCCAUCUCGAUCCGGCGACAGCAACGUCCCCGUGUCAGCAGCCUACAAGCCUCCACCCAUCGUUGCUGCAACAAGCCAGCUGGCAAAUCACUGCACCUGCUCCUCACACUCCGACCAGCAGGCAAUUUCGACCCAGACCCGUGCAGUCUAUCGGCCUCCCCUCCCACAGCCCACCGAUCCCAGCAGCACGCGCACUUGCCUGAGCAAUACAGCCCCAUCCAGACCGGCCUCACUACAACACUUGCCGUCCAGUCUGCAGCCCAGUCGCUGCCCAUCACCGGCCACAGAUCCCAUCACCGCCCGCAACAUCUCAGCCUCGGCGCCCCUGCCCUGCUCCUGCUGCAAACCAGAAGGCCAGAUCGAUAGCACCAUCUGCAAACCAGAAACAGACGAGAAAAAAGAAGAAAGAAGAGAAAAGAGAGAAAAGAAAAGAAAGAAAAAGAGAAGAAAAAAAAGUGUGACCCAGCCCAAAGAAAAGAGCCGACCCAACAAAAAAGGAAGCAGGCCUAUGGCCCAGAAAAAAAAAAGCAAAGAAAGAGGCCCUGAGGCCCACCGAAAAAAGGCCCAAAGAAAAGACCAGGCCCAGAGAAAAAAAAACAGAAAACAAAGAAAAAAAACAAGAACAAGGCCCACUGCUGAAAAAAAUGAAGCAGCCCAGUUUUUCUCACACCCAAAAACAUCGCUACACACGCCUGCAUCAACACGCGCGUGAGCUAUGAUUGUUUUAUUUUCUCAAAAUCAAAUGGCUGAUCUAACUCGACCUGAAUUUGACAUCUUGGACUCAGAAGGACUUGAGUACCAUCGUUGGGUUUCCGAUGUAGAAACUGCAUGUGUGGCAAAAGACUACACUGCCACCAUUACCGACCCCAAAGAUGAUGAACUAUCUAACAAGGUGAAAGCAAAUGCCUUAAUGUUUCUGAGGCGACAUAUUGAUCCUAGCCUACGCUGGGAGUACCUUCAGUUGAAGACACCCAAAGAACUGUGGGAUGCCCUUAAGGGACGUUUUGGGAACAUUUAUGACACCUUGCCCCCAGAACUAACCGUUCAGUGGAAUGAAAUCUGCUUGCUUGACUAUAAAAGGGUCAAUGACUUCAACAAGGAUAUGUUGCGCCUAAAGGCACAUCUAAAUUUCUGUGGAAAUGAACUCACAUAAGAUGAUAUGAUCCAGAAGACUCUUUCUACUUUUCCUACUUCAGCAAUUAUACUAGCGAACCAGUAUAGGCUGGAGUAUGACAACAAAAGAAUCACAAUAUUCAAUAAGCUGAUCAACCUACUGCAAGUGGCUGAGAGGCAUAAUGAGGUUCUUUUGAACAACAAUGCCAGACCUGUUGGGACAAAGAAAAUUCCCGAGGCUAAUUAUGGCAAAGUGAAAGGUGGAAAGAACCUCAAUACAAAUGGGGUUGGACGUGCUGAUCCCUACCCACGUGGCAACAAUGCACCAUGUGGCAAGGGAUGUGGGGGUCGUGAUAUGGGUCGUGGAGGCCCUCCCAAUGUAUGGCACAGAGAUGGUGGUGCUGGCCCUAGUGGUCAUGGAAACAAGGUGCAAAGGGCACCUAAGAACCCUUCAGUCAAACAGGAUAGAGUUGGUAAUGAACCAUGCUAUAGGUGUGGAGUCAUUGGACAUUGGUACAAGAACUGCCAAGCAAGCAACAUAGUAGCAGCCAAUUACAAGAGGUAUAGGGAGUCUAAAGAACAAGAGGCUCACUAUAUGGAAGAAGGAGGCCAUGACCCAGACAUCAACCUCACAAUUGCAGACUUUAAUGGCAACAAGGAACUUGCUCAGUCAACUGAUGCCCCAUAUUUUGACUGAUCUGCUUUAUUUAUUUUAUUUUCCAAAAACAGUUGUGAAGGCAUAAUGCCUCA